AUGCACUGGGCCUGGGGGGAACUGCCCCAGGCUGCCACGCCGACCUUCCUCCCGCUCCAAUCCGAGCCGCUGUCUGGAGGCUCCCUCAUGUCCAUCCGGUUGACCGACAGUACCCACUUCCGGGUCAUCCCCCCGGACGCGGCCCCCGAUUACGGCGAGAUGCACCGCGCCGCCGCCGCGUCGCCAACGCCAUCCCGCGGCCGCGGGCUCACCGCCACGGCAACAGCAGGAGAGGAAGAGGAAGGGGGAGGAAGAACCGUCCCUGUCGAGAGGCCGGUGGUCCCCGGCGUUGGCAUGGAGAGCGAGACGGGGGCGGAGACGGGGUCGGAGACGGGGGCGGAGUUAAGCGCGGCGGAGUUAAGGGCGGCGGCCUUGGCUGCCAGCAUGGUGUUGGAAACGGACAUCAUCACGGCCCAUCCGCUUCCAAAGACGGAUUCUCCGUCCAAGAAGAAAGAUAAAAGGAGCUGCCAUCUUGGCUCCGACGGCAUCUACCUGGAUGACAUCACGGAACUAGAACCCGAGAAGGCAGCGCUGUAUUUUCCUAAAAGUGAGGGCGGUGGGACCACGAGGUCCGGCCUGGAGCAGGCCCCCCGCAGUGCCAGCCUGUCCCCCCAGUGGGUCAGCUCCGGGGGGGACAGCGGAGUGGACAGCUACUGCGACCAGAUGACCGACCUGCCCGCCAUCGCCAUCUCUCUGUGUGGGGGCCUCAGCGAGAACAGGGAGAUCACUAAAGAUCAGUUCCAGGCCAAGGCUAUCUCCUACCAGCAGUUUUCAGAGACCCCCACCCUUAUCGAGGACCCCAACCUGGUCGUGAAGAUCGGCUCCAAGUACUAUAACUGGAACACAGCAGCACCGCUGAUGCUUGCUAUGCAAGUCUUCCAGAAACCUCUGCCAAAGGCUACAGUAGAGAACAUCAUGAAGGAGAAGAUGCCAAAGAAGGGAGGCCGAUGGUGGUUCUCGUGGAGAGGAAGGUCCAGCAGCAGUAAAGAGUCCAACUCUGAGCGUGGAGGCGUUGAUUCAGAGGAGCAGUCUGAGAACUUGGAAGGGAUGAACAGACAUAAAGAGGAGUCGUCCUCCAGUGACGACGACCACAUGCGAGACACCAAGGGCCCCGCCUCCGUCCAAUCAGAAGCUGUGCUCUCGCCGGGGGGCGUGUCUUACAAGAAGACGCUCCGCCUCACCUCUGAGCAGCUGCUGUCGCUGCAGCUGCAGGACGGACGCAAUGACGUGAUGUUCAGCGUGACCACCCAGUACCAGGGCACCUGCCGCUGCCAGGGCACCAUCUACCUGUGGAACUGGGACGACAAGAUCGUCAUCUCAGACAUCGACGGCACCAUCACAAGGUCAGACACUCUGGGCCAUAUCCUGCCCAACCUUGGGAAGGACUGGACCCAUCAGGGCAUCGCCCAGCUCUACCACAAAGUCAGCCAGAACGGCUAUAAGUUCCUGUACUGUUCUGCGCGAGCCAUCGGCAUGGCGGACAUGACGCGGGGCUACCUCCACUGGGUCAACGAGAGAGGCACCAUGCUGCCGCUGGGCCCCCUGCUGCUCAGCCCCAGCAGCCUCUUCUCCGCCCUGCACAGGGAGGUGAUUGAGAAGAAGCCAGAGAGGUUCAAGGUGGAGUGUCUGACCGACAUCAGGAACCUCUUCUUCCCCAACAAAGAGCCCUUUUAUGCAGCCUUCGGAAACCGACCCACGGAUGUGUUUUCUUAUAAGGAGGUAGGCGUCCCCCUGAACCGGAUCUUCACCGUCAACCCCAAAGGAGAGCUGGUGCAGGAACACGCCAAGACCAACAUCUCAUCAUAUGUGCGUCUGGGGGAAGUGGUGGACCACGUAUUUCCUUUGCUCAUGAGAGCCAGUUCGUCUGCCUUUCCCUGCGCGGAUACCUUUAGCCAAUUUACCUACUGGAGGGAGCAGCUCCCUCUGGUGGACAGUCAGGAACCAGCCACCGACGACUGCAGCGGACGGGCAGUGGGCAGCGUGUAGCGUUCUCCAGAUUUUGUGUAAUGUAGGCUAUGUGAUUGUGUGUGUGUGUGUGUGUGUGUGUGUGUGUGUGUGUGUGUGUGUGUGUGUGUGUGUGUGUGUGUGUGUGUGUGUGUGUGUGUGUGUGUGUGUGUGUGUGUGUGUGUGUGUGUGUGUGUGUGUGUGUGUGUGUGUGUGUGUGUGUGUGUGUGUGUGUGUGGGUAUAUGGGUGGGUGGGUGACAUUUAGAGAGAUUUUAGUGAGGAGCAGUUGCAGAGUGUGACUCCUUUUGUCUUAAUUGAACAAUGUUCAGUAAAACCGCACUUUCUUUAAGGGAUGCCAUCCGUGGCUGAAAUGAUGUAUGAACAGAGAUACAUGCAAACAUUAAUAGAUAGAUAGAUAGAUAGAUAGAGAGAGAGAGAGAGAGAGAGAGAGAGAGAGAGAGAGAGAGAGAGAGAGAGAGAGAGAGAGAGAGAGAGAGAGAGAGAGAGAUAGAUAGAUAGAUAGAUAGAUAGAUGGACAUUUGAAACGUAUACUCAGGCAGCUUAUUACAUGUCAUAUUAUAUUUAUUUGUUUUUUGAGUUGAUGCAGUUUUGAAAAAAUAUAUAUUUCUUAUUUAAACGAUGGAUUGUUUUAUUAGGUUCAUGCCGUUUUAAACAGUGGGAUACAUUGAGAAAGUUAGCAAUAUUCAACGACCCAUCGGACAUAUAUUGCGGUUGGUACUUUUAUUAGACAUUUGUUCCUACAUUUUUCACCUAUUUUUUUAGAGAUUCUUGUUGAACACUGAAUGCAAAUGUGCAUGUCACUGUAUAUGUGAAACCAUAAUGCGUUAAGUAUGUAUGAUAUUUUUCUGUAUGUUUAAAGUCUGGCGGGCAGUUGGUAUAUUACAAAGCACAAUGCAUGUGGAGGAAGGUAUACUCGCUUGUGUAUUAGAUUUGGCUUCGAAAAAUGAGUAAACCACAUAUUCUUAGAAAGAGAAAAAGCCUUAACUUACCGUGUGUGUGUGUGUGUGUGUGUGUGUGUGUGUGUGUGUGUGUGUGUGUGUGUGUGUGUGUGUGUGUGUGUGUGUGUGUGUGUGUGUGUGUGUGUGUGUGUGUGUGUGUGUGUAACCGAGAUGAUAUUUAAGACAUGUUAGACAUUCAUUCAUAGUUUUUGUUUUAUUUUUAUACCCAAGGUCGGACAUAAUUUUGUAUGAAAGCAUGUGUUUUCGGUUUGUGGCCGCUACACCGUCAAUUGUGUUGUAUUUUUAUAUUGUCCUGUCGUUGUUACAUCCCUCAUCAUGUCAUUCAUAGAAGCUCCUCCUUCUCUGUAUAUGUGCCAUAUAUUUCAACAACAAAGUGUGUGUGUCUGUGUGUGUUGAAUAUUUUUGUUAGUGUGUGUGUGUGUGUGUGUGUGUGUGUGUGUGUGUGUGUGUGUGUGUGUGUGUGUGUGUGUGUGUGUGUGUGUGUGUGUGUGUGUGUGUGUGUGUGUGUGUCACGUCUCUCACGUCUCGCUGCAUGUAUCCAAUCUCCUGCCAAACACUGUGUUAAUCCAGUGUGUAACUCGUGUUAGUAGUGUCUUAACUGCUUGCAUGUGUGAGCAAAACGUUACCUGAUAGCCUGAUAUUUCUUUCACACAUUCUGGUUAGAGAUCAGUCCUUUCUGCUUGGCCAAAUCAAAUGCAUUGGAUGCAAGUUGAUGUUAAGAGCUUCAAAACAAAGACGUGUUUUAUUACCAAAGCACUGCAGAAAUCAGUAAAUUGAAAUGAGAACAAUUGAAAAUAACUUUUCUUUUGCAGCUGAAAUCCGAAGCACAUGAACAGGGAAAUUCAGUAACUGUCAAUGUGAAUUUCCUUGUGGUUUAUUUAACUAUAUGCGUUCUCAUUUAUUUACGAAUGUGACACUGAAUAUCACAAAAGUAUUGUAGGAGGACUGUGUGGUGGUUGAGUAUUGAUAAUAAGACUAAUUCUUUCUAUGAAAGAGGCCACAUGGCUGUCUUGACUCAUCACUAUUCACUGAAGUUAUUUCUCCGCAGAACAUUGUUUUUUUCUUGACCAAUUCACUGUUAAAACAUUGUUAUCAGAAUCAAUGAACUUGCCUUGGAUUAAUUCCCUGUCAAUAAUAAACAAAUCUGUUCUGUG